UCCUUCAUUUCUCCCCCUAAAAACCCUUCUCUCUCCCUUUCUCCCUAGCUUAGAAGAAGCAUCCCUUGUUGGGAUUUCUUCUUCAAUCUCAUCGGCUUUCAACUUUUCAAGAGUUUAAGGCGGAGAAAACAUGAGUCGCGGCAUGGAAUUAGCAGUAAGAGAGUUAAUGUUCAACGAUGAAGAGGUGAAAGGCAUAGACGAAUUUAUGAUGGGCGAUGGCGAUCAUGCCACGGUCACCUGUGGGUGCACCAGCCAUCGAUUAGGAGAUACAGUUGGGACUCUUAGGGUUUACCUUGACGGCAGCCUUAAAAUUGAAUGUUACUGCCCCGGCUGUGCAGAUGAAGGUGCACUUAUAAGCCCAUUUGCAUUUGUGAAACAUGCGCAAAGGGAAACAACUAAGAAGUGGAGACACAACAUAUGGGUUAUAACUGAUGGGAUUAAGGUUCCGCUGAAAAAGACAGCACUUCUUAAGUACUACAAUCGAGCUUUACAGACUGUCCGUGCAAAUAGACCUCAAACUGGGAGAGCUAAUCAUCAUGAUGAAUUUGUUUGUUGUUCUGUCUGUGGAAAGGAACGAAGGUUCCAUCAGCGCAACAAGGAGGAGUGUCGGGCUUAUCAUGAUGCUUCGAGGAAUGUGAACUGGCAAUGUUCGGACAUGCCUAAUGGCAGGAAUGGCAGACUACAAUGUGGAGACAAGGAAGAACGAGCGACCCGCAGGAUGUACAAGCGCUGCACUCGUUCAAAAACAUGCACCGGAUGUACAAAAUGUGUAUGUUUCGGAUGUGUAACCUGCCGCUUUGAAGAUUGCAGUUGUCAAAGUUGCGUAGAUUUUACAAGGACCAUGGAGAAUCGGAGGAAUGCAGAGAACUAUCAAGUUUCCGGAUCAUUCCCAACAUCUCAGUGCAUCUCUCUUAAUCAUUAAUCAUAGUUAUAUAUAACUAUGUACUUGAAUUGUCUUGCUACCUUCGAAACAUCCUAGUACCCAUCUUUUUUAGUACUUAAAUAAUUAGGUUUUGUCUAGCGUGUGCUCGUGGACCCAUGCUAAGCACUAAAACCUAUCAAUCUGGUGUACUUCUGUUCAGUUAAGGUUUAAUAUUGGUGGAUUUUAUAUUAAUAAUGCUGUUAGCUAUUUGUAUAUCUGUAUGUCGAAGGAGUUUCAGUUGACAUCGGCAAUGCUUCCAUCUAUAUAUCUGCAUAUCUAGCUUCUGAAACACAACACAGAAAUUCAUGCUGUAAUUAUUCUUAUCAUGAACUGAGCAACAAACACAUGUUUUUACAGGUGGUUAACAUUAAACCGGUAUGGGUAGGAUGUUGAGAAACUCUAGGUGAUAGUAUAAAUUUUCUG